AUGCGGGCAUUAACCCUUACCAGUCGAGUUACAGAUGACGCUGCCAUUAAAACAAGGAAAGAUAAAGAAAAUGACAAAAGGAAGAUGGCGGAUUCCAAGGCAAAUCCGGCGGUUUCAGAGGAAAUACUGCCUGAUUUGCUAAAGAAUACGGAGUCAAAUAUUGCAAGAUUAGAGGAUGUGAUUGAGAGUUGUAAAGGUCGUCAAAAGUAUCUUGCACAGACUAGAAGUCCAUCUGAUGGUGGCGAGGUUAGGUGGUAUUUCUGUAAGGUGCCUUUGGCAGAGAAUGAGUUAGCUGCCUCAGUCCCACGCACUGAUAUAGUGGAAAAGAGCAACUAUUUUCGUUUUGGUAGGAGGGAUUCGCUUGCAAUAGAGGCAUCUUUCUUGCAGAGAGAAGAAGAAUUGCUCUCUAUUUGGUGGAAAGAGUACGCAGAAUGUAGUCAAGGCCCAAAUGAUCAGCCUACUACCAGUAAGAAGUUUGAUAAACUAGGCAAUGCUGAUUCUCCAGAGAAUGGACGAGCAGCUCAACUACAUGAAGUGGAAGAGGAGAGAGUUGGCGUGCCUGUAAAGGGAGGACUCUAUGAGGAGCUGGCAUUUGAUUUUAUAGAUAAUGCUCCUAUCUUGAUGGUGCUUAGUUUGGACAUGGUAGAUUUGGUGAAGAGACAUUGCUUUCCUGUUUACUGGAAUGGAGAAAAUCGUCGUGUUUUGAGAGGUCAUUGGUUUGCUUGUAAAGGAGGCCUGGAUUGGCUCCCUCUUCGAGAGGACGUAGCUGAACAGUUAGAGAUAUCAUAUCGCAGCCAGGUUUGGCAUCGAAGGAGGUUUCAACCAUCUGGCCUUUUUGCAGCCCGUGUUGAUCUGCAAGGCUCUAAACCGGGACUUUAUGCCCUUUUUACUGGAGAAGAUGAUACUUGGGAGGCUUGGUUCAACAGUGAUGCUUCUGGCUUUUCUAGUAUCAUUAGCUUGAGUGGGAAUGGAAUCAAGUUAAGGCGUGGGUACUCUGCAUGUUGCUCGGCAAAACCAACCCAGGAUGAACUACAACAGCGGAAGGAAGAGGAAAUGGAUGAUUACUGUUCACAGGUUCCUGUUCAGCAUGUGGUUUUUAUGGUUCAUGGUAUUGGCCAAAGGUUGGAGAAGUCUAAUUUGGUCGAUGAUGUUGGCAAUUUCCGCCAUAUCACUGCAAGUCUGGCUGAAAAACAUCUUACUUCACACCAACGAGGUGCUCAACGAGUUCUUUUUAUUCCAUGCCAGUGGAGAAAGGGUUUGAAGCUUAGUGGUGAAGCUGCAGUUGAAAAGAUUACUUUAGAUGGUGUACGUGGUUUGCGUGUUAUGCUGAGUGCAACAGUCCAUGAUGUAUUGUACUACAUGAGCCCCAUCUAUUGUCAAGACAUUAUUGAUUCGGUAUCAAACCAAUUAAAUCGCCUGUACUUGAAGUUUCUUAAGCGGAAUCCUGGUUAUGAUGGAAAGGUUUCAAUAUAUGGUCAUUCUUUGGGAAGUGUCCUCUCAUAUGACAUCCUGUGCCAUCAAGAGAAUCUGUCUUCUCCUUUCCCAAUGGAUUGGAUGUAUAAAGAACAUCCUAGGAGUGAAGAAUCUUCCCUUGAUAUGAAGCAUGACUCAUCGACCAACCUGGAGGGUAACAACUCCAAUGUAGUCAAUGCAGCCGAGGAAAUAGUGGAUCCUGUUGAUACAGAAAUGAUGACUGCACAAUCAACUUUAGUACACGAGGAUGGGCAUGCUGAUGAUUUUUCCACAAUUGUGAGUCCUCUUGCAUCAGAUCUGGAUGAAACCUCAUCAGAUUCAAAUUUGAAGCAAAUGGGUGGAAAAGAAAGCCUCCAUGAAUUUGUUGAUGACUCCAGCAAUGUGCUUUCUCAGGAAAGAGAUCACUUAUGUGAAGGUACAGAAAUGAAGUUAGAUGACCCAAUGAGUGGUGUGGAAAAUAUGGCAGUGGAAGCCAGUGAAGGUACCGUCAAUAAGGAAAAAGAAAUUAAUAUGCUGAUGGAAGAGAUCGAUUCCCUAAAAGCUAAAAUAGCAGAAUUGGAAUCCAAGUGUGGUGGUAGAGAUGCAAGUGGUGGGUUGCGUCAAAUCACAUUAUUUGUUUGCAUCUUAGAAAAUGACAAGGCAACUGAAAACAAGCCAAAGCAACCCAUAUCUGAGAUGUUGGCACUCGGACAAGAUGAAGCACCAAAGAGUUAUACCCCUUAUAUCAAGUACACAAAACUUGAAUUCAAGGUUGACACAUUCUUUGCUGUUGGAUCACCUCUUGGAGUCUUUCUUUCUCUUCGCAACAUUCGGAUUGGAAUCGGGAAAGGACAAGAAUAUUGGGCUGAGGAAAAUAUUAGUGAAGAGAUGCCAGCAUGUCGUCAAAUGUUGAACAUUUUUCACCCAUUUGAUCCUGUAGCAUAUAGAAUAGAACCUCUUGUCUGUAAAGAAUUUAUCAGCAAGCGCCCAGUUAUUAUUCCUUACCACAAAGGUGGAAGAAGGUUGCACAUUGGGUUUCAGGAGUUCACUGAAGAUUUAGCUGCUCGUUCUCAAGCAAUAAUGAAUCAUCUAAACUUCGUAAAGGUAAUAAACUCCUUAAGAUUCCCCAAGGUUAUCUCUUUCUUUUGUUUGCAUGAAGUAAGGAGUUAUGAUCUAGAAAAGGGCAUCUACUCCAUGCCCUUUGAAGCAGAAAAUGAUCAUGAAAAAGAAGAGAGAACAUAUGGCUCAAUAAUGAUGGAGAGAUUAACCGGAACUGAAGGACGGAUAGACCACAUGCUUCAAGAUAAAACAUUUGAACAUCCAUUUCUGCAAGCCAUUGGAGCACAUACGAACUACUGGAGAGAUCAUGACACUGCUCUCUUCAUUUUGAAACACUUGUAUAUGGAGAUACCUGAAGAACCCAACUUACAUGCAGAAUCUAGUGGAGGCACCUCAAAAGGUAAGAUCAGCUCCACAGGCUGGCAUGAUCACAGUGAGACUGCUGAGGAGGAACUCCCUUUGACAUUUUCUGACAGAUUGAUGGCUAGAAACUUCUCGAGGAAAGCCAAGAAAUAUAUGAAAAGCCAGUUUUAG